CCUCGAGAUUCCUUCCAUGCGACGAGAACGGAAUUCACAGUUCUCGCCAUGGCGGUUGCUGUGUCUGCUGAGGCAGUCGAUGACUUUCCUCCGGUCGGCUCGCUGACGCGCCACGAGCAGGAGGCAGCGGCGUGUGUGGCGGUGGUAGCGGCGCUGAGGGGCUUCCCCUCGUCGCUGGUGCGAGUGAGCCUCGUGAGCGAGAGGGGCUUGAGGCGGGCUCGCGCCAGCAUCGUGUCGGCGCCUCCCAACCAGCUCGACUACAACGUUCAGGCGGACGUGCAAACUCUACUCCCUCUCAUGUGCCACGCCGCUCUCCUGCGCCACUUCACCGAGCGCCACGAGUCUGCCCGUGCGCACGGCUUCCUGCUGCACACAUCGCUGCCAGAGGCGCCUGGCCUGCCGCUGGAGCGGCAGCACACCACCCACUGCCUGCAGGCCCUUGCCCAGGCCACCCGCGUGUUCCUUGAUAAUGCCGCCAUGCUGCUGUGCAAGCUGGAGGCUCAAUGCCGCACCCAUGGCAUGGGAUUGCUGGAGCUCAAGCGGAGCAUUCAGCCCAUAGCGGACGGAGUGAGGGUGCUCUCUCCCGUUGUGAGGGAGGUGGAGGACAACGGUUGUGGAUCCACAGAGGUUCUUGACAUGCUGCACACAGCGUCAACCCAGCCGGAUGUGAGGGAGGCAGAGGACCUCAUUCGCUUUGUGCUGCACGCCACAUGCGCACCCUACCUCCAACUCCUCUCCUCGUGGAUGCAUGAGGGCAGGCUAGAUGACGACAUUCACAGUGAGUUCCUCGUUGCUGCAUGCAGCACGACUACAGCAGCAGCUGCUGGUGCUGACGCUCCCCACCACGCUGCCACUCCCUCUGCCGCUGGUCGGAGAAGCAGAAGCCCUCACUCCAUCACGGACAGUGACGAGUUACGGCUGAUGACGCAUGGUGGGGCGCGGGAGGGCGAGGAGGAAGAGGGGAAGGGCAAGGGGCAAAGGGGGCGGAGAGGACAGAGGGAGUGGCGGGGCUGGGAGGAGCCAGGAUCGGAGCCAGGAUCGGAGCCAGGGCAGUCGUUUGUGAUGCGCCAUCCCGUGCCGGCGCUGUUGCAAGCGGUGGCUGACGAUGUGGUCGCCACGGGGCAGCUGGUGCAUGCGCUGAGGCAGCACGGAUGGUUGAAGCAGCUGCCUUCACAGGGAGAGGCGGCACAGCCACAGAUGCAGCUGGGCAGUCUGGAGGAGAGCAUUGCGGUGCGAACCAAAGCGGUGCAACAGGCGAUGGUGGACCUGACGCUGAACAAGAACCACCUCAUGGGCCACCUGCUCACCAUCAGACGAGUCCUCCUGCUCUCGCAGGCAGACUAUUUGUCUGACUUCAUGGCACUGGCAGCGGGGGAGUUGUCCAAGCCGGCUCACAAGGCAUCCCAAGCCCGCAUUGAUAUAUCUCUAGGCGCCUCGCUCCGCUCCUCCACUGCAGCCACUGACCCCAACUGCGAACGCCUGUCUGCUCGCCUGGUCCCCAUGGACGUGCCGAGUCCCUCCCAGGUAGCACGCGCAUCUCUCAGCUUCCUCACUCCGCAGCGACCCACCCCCCAGCAACAGCCGCUACAGUCACCCUUUACACAGUCGCAACCUGUACAGUCACAGCUGGUGGUACCGUCACAGCUGCAGCAAUCGCGGGAGAGCCUGGACGGCGCAGAGCUGUUGAGCAGCCUGCAGGAGUAUGAUGCGGGGUUCGAGGAUCUUAUGCAGCCAGAUGCUGACGAUGGCCACGCGGGUGGUGAUGCCGAUGGUCUUGGUGAUGAUGGCAACAGCAACCCUUUGUCUCUGCCUUCCACCAACCCUCUCUCGCUGCCUCCCCAAAGCACCCCUGCUCGCCCAUCAGCCUCCACUGCUGUGUCCUCCUGGUCGCCUGUGCCCUGUGCCACUCCGGUGCUGGCGAUAGAGGGAGGAGGAGGGAGAGGGCGUGAAGGGAGGGGAGCAGCAGGGCCGAGCACAUGGGAGGCCAUUUACCUCGACUACAAGGCUCCCUGGCCGAUAUCCGUUGUUGUGCCGCCCGCAUCUCUCCUCGCCUACAACCGCGUCUUCCGCUUUCUGCUCGCUGCCAAGCGAACCCACCUGCACCUCGGCCUCGCAUGGUCGGCACUGCAGCUGUCACGGGGAUUGAAGGUGGAGGGCCCACUGCUGCAGCGCAUGCACUGGCUCAGGCACCGCAUGGCAUGUGCUGCCACUGCCAUCCUCGACCAUGUUGCACAUGCGGUGGUGAGCCCGAGCUUCGACCUGAUGACGGCCAGACUGACUAAGGCAAACUCCUUCCAUCAGCUUGUGUCGGAGCACCAAUUGUUCGUUGACACGUGUCUCUCGGAGGGUCUUCUAGGUUCCUGCCCACACAUUCAAGAAAAGCUGUCCUCCAUCCUCUCCAUAUCCCUCCGCUUCGCCACCGCUGUCAGCACCACCAUCCACAGAGUCACCUCUCUUGGUGCCACAGAAGCAGCAGCAGCAGCAGGGGGAGGAGGGGAUUAUGGAGUGGAGGAUAGCAUCAGUGGGAGCAAGCUCUCUGAUUACGCGUAUGGAGAUGCCACGUCAGAUGCCAAGGGACGGGCAGCCCGGGCGGCAUUCCGUUGGCAUUUAGCGGGGGAGGAGCUCCAGCUUGCUAUGGAGGAGGGAUUUGCCGAAGAGAUAAGGAGCAUGCAUGCUGCCUUCUCGUCCUCUCUCCGGGAUGCCUCUGCUGCCAUCACCUCAGUCCUUAGGGACCAUCCGGUGCUGCUCUCCCUGCAUCUCUCCCUCUCUGCUGUUGCCAAAGGUCUUCCGUGAGGUCUUGCUCUUUGUUGACAUGGCAUUGCAAUCCGACCCGUGUUUGUAAGGCAUGUUAGUUCGUCGUCAGAGCAUCACCAACCUAACUGACGGCAUUCCCUCAUGCGAGCCUCUCUGGGCGGCGGGAAAAAAGGUCGGAAGACCAUUAGCGUGUAGAAGGCUAAUUAGGUUUUACCACAACCCACCCAGUCUUGAUUUUCGCCAUUUUGCUUGUUUGUGAUCCAAAUUGUCUUACUCUUUUAGCAAGCUCAAAUUCUCUUCA